AUGGCAUCCCUUGAUUCGAUAAUCAAUGAUGAAACAUCAUUAUCUUCAUCAUCUUCUUUUUUAACAACAUCAACUUCAUCAUCUCCACCAUCAUUUUUAAUAUCCACAUCAUCAUCAUUAUUUUCAUCAUCUUCACCCUCAUCAUCAACAACAUCAUCUUCGUCAUCACCAACUUCGAAACCAGUAUCAUCGUCAUCAUUUUUAUCACCUAAACCAUCCAUCGUGAAAACAACAUCGAAUAAACGUAAAACAAUGUUAUACAUUAAAGGAUAUCAAUAUCAGUUGAAAGAUUAUAAUAAAAAUAAAACGAUUAAAUUUUGGCGUUGUGCAAAAAGAGAUUGUGGUGUUCUUUUACAUACAAAUCUCAAUGAUGAAUUUAUACGUUAUUCUGGAAAAAAUAUUAAUCAUAAACAUCUUCCAAAUCCUGCUGCAUUAGAAAUACGUGAUCUUAAAGAAAAAAUGCGACAAAGAGCUGAAACAGAAUUAGUACCAUUACAAGAAAUUGCUGAACAAGAAGUUCGAAAUGGUUUAUUAACAGGUGAUGCACUAGCUAAUUUACCAAAUAUUUUUGAAAUUGGUCGUGGUUUAAGUCAUGUUCGGCAAAAAAAUCUUCCUUCGAUACCAAAUUCAUCAUCUUUUGUCAUACCCGAUAAGUACACAAGAGAUUAUCUUGAUCAUCAUCGUUUAUUAUUACAUGAUAGUACAGAUCCACAUUUUCAAUUUGAUUCAUCAGAUGAUAUACAGCCAUCAGGAAGAAUUUUAAUUUGGUCAUCAGAUAUUCAACUUCAUUUAUUAUUUAACAGUGAACGAUUACAUAUGGAUGGUACAUUUUCCACUUCACCUCCACAUUUUGCUCAAGUCUUUAUUAUACAAACAAUACAUCAUGAAUCUUGUGUGCCCGUCGUUUACGCACUUCUUCCUGAUCGAAAAACACCAAGUUAUUUAUACUUAUUCAACGUCUUAUUUCAUCACGCAAAAAGAUUUAAUAAAACAUUAGAUCCUGUGAAUAUAAUGACAGAUUUUGAACCAGGUCUUACAAAGGCAAUUUCAAUACAGUUCCCGGAGAAAACCAUCCAAAAGGGAUGUUUUUUUCAUUUCUCUGAAUCAGUUUAUAGACAUGUUCAAUCACAAGGUUUAUCAUCUAGUUAUCUGAAUAAUAUUAUGGUUCGAAAUGUUAUUAAACAAGCAAUGGCAUUAGCAUUAGUACCUCCAUCACAUGUUCAAGUAUUAUUUAAUGAACUUGGUCAAGAAUUAAAUGAUGAUGAACGUGAAGAAAUUUCGAGUUUAUUACAAUAUUUCAAGAACCAUUGGAUGCGUCAAGUAUCGAUAUGGAAUGUUUAUGAAAUACCUGAUCGAACAAAUAAUUAUAGCGAAGGCUACAACAACAGAUUUAAAAGACGUCUAAAGAAAACUCACCCGAAUAUUUGGCAUUUCAUAGAUUCAAUUCGAGAAGAAGUUCAUACUAUUCAUGAUUUAAUUCAACAAAUUAACAGUGGGAUGCCGCCUCGAACAAAAAGAUCUCAAACAAGGACAUCUGAACGACGCAUCAAAGAACUUUAUGAUCGAUUUAAUCAAAACAAAAUUACAGUACAAGAACUUUUACGUGGUCUUUCUUUUUAUGUUGCAAAUAAAAAAUAA